GAAAGCCCGCUGUUCGAAAAAAAAAGGUUGUUGAAAGCCCAACGAUACUACGAAAACAACUAAUUAUGCAUAUAGAUAAAUUCCUCGAGGGUUGUUCUUGUAAAAACUUUCUAAUCUUUCACACCUUUUCCCCAAAUUAACUUUCCAUCAUUUCUCCAAAACUCAAUUUUUUAAAAUAUUUCAAUUCGAUUUGAUCCGAACAGAAAACCCAACAAUUCACUAAGCUAGAUUUCCUUUUCCAUCCUCAUCUUCAUAUUCACAUAUUCAAUUUCAUCAAAUCAAUGCAUAAUUCAUAAAAAUUAUUGAUCACAAUCCGGAGCCCUAAGUUCAUGAUUAGGUCCCGGCGGCACGUUUUUCCGCGAUAUGAUGCCGUCAGAUCAUGAACCGGACGAAUCUGAUACCGAUUUCGUCGAGAUCGAUCCUUCCGGUCGAUACGGUCGGUAUAAAGAAGUGCUGGGAAGAGGGGCUUUUAAAAAAGUAUACAAAGCAUUUGAUGAAUUGGAAGGAAUUGAAGUAGCAUGGAAUCAAAUAAAGGUUUCUGAUUUCUUAAAAUACCCUGAUGAGCUCGAGCGUCUAUACUCAGAAGUUCAUUUGCUUAAAACACUUAAGCACAAGAACAUAAUCAAGUUUUACAAUUCGUGGGUUGAUACAACAAACGAACACAUCAACUUUAUUACCGAGAUUUUCACAUCUGGAACCUUAAGACAAUAUCGCAAGAAACAUAAGCAUGUAGACUUACGAGCAUUAAAGAAGUGGUCUAAACAAAUAUUGGAGGGGCUUUUGUAUCUUCACAGUCAUGACCCGCCGGUUAUACACCGUGAUUUGAAGUGUGACAAUAUUUUCGUUAAUGGGAAUCAAGGAGAGGUUAAAAUCGGGGAUCUUGGAUUGGCUGCCAUUCUUCUCCAGGCUCGUUCUGCUCACAGCGUCAUCGGUACUCCUGAGUUCAUGGCACCCGAGCUUUAUGAGGAGGAAUAUAACGAACUUGUGGAUAUAUAUGCCUUUGGAAUGUGCUUACUGGAAUUAGUGACGUUUGAGUAUCCGUAUUGUGAAUGCGCCAAUGCUGCUCAGAUAUAUAAGAAAGUGACAUCGGGAGUCAAACCGGCAUCAUUAGUAAAAGUUAAGGAUCCCGAAAUCAAAUCCUUUAUAGAGAAGUGUAUCGCAAAGGUUUCCGACAGAUUAUCCGCAAAAGAAUUACUAUUGGAUGAAUUUCUACGUGACGAGCACGGAGACAGUGUACAUAAAAUCGGUCAAACCAGUUCUAGUUCCAAUCCAGAUGAUGAUCCCGAUAAGCCUGACAACGGUGAAAUUCAAGCUAGGGAUUUCACAGUCAAAGGUCAAAUGAAGGACCUGAAUACUGUAUUCCUAAAAUUACGUAUAGAAGAUACCGAAGGGAAUGUUCGUAACAUUCACUUCCCGUUUGAUACCGAUAACGAUACAUCAAUUGCUGUUGCUAGUGAAAUGGUUGAAGAACUCGACUUAACAGAUCAAGACGUCUCCACGAUAGCAGAAAUGAUCGAUGCAGAAAUCCGGUCAUGUAUCCCAGACUGGGCCCCACGAGACUACUAUGAUGAUCAAGAUGACAAUGAACCUUCAGGCUCUGUUGACUCACCCUCUGACCCGCAAAACGAUUCUCCAUCCUCGUUGACCGUUAAAUCAUGUGCUUCACCUACGGUUUUAGCUCUUGAAAGAUUACCUUCAGGUAGAAAAUAUUGGUGUGAUUCACCUAGGAGUUGUUUUACGCCACUGAGACCAAGACCUUCACACGACUCUGAAGAUAACACACAGAAAACCGAAGAAAUUUCAUCAGAAAAUGAAAAAGAAAACGAAGAUGAAAACAUAAACGAAAACGACAACGACAUCGAAAACGAAAACGAAAAUGAAAAGGAAGAUGAAGAUGAAGAUGAAGAUAAUAAAGUUGAAACUGUUGUUGGAAAACUCCGUGAUAUGUUAAUCGAGCAGCAAAAUGAAUUGGAUGAAUUGAAAACGAAACACAAGUUGGUUGUUUCCGAUAUGUUGAAGAAACUUCCGCCAGAAGCCCGUCAAGAAGUGGCUAACAACUGUGAAAUGCAGCAGUACUUUGAGGCGUCCGACAUUGAUUCCUUUUUUGAGAUGUAAGUUUUUUAUUAUCUUCAGUUUUAUCGAAUUCGAACGAGUUUGAUGAAUACAUGUACAUACUGAUAAAGUUGAGUUAAUUGUGAAUUACUGAAUUUCACCAGGUUUGAACUA